AUGGAACAAAAUUUCAAUUUUGGUCUUGAAAACGGCGAACGUCAAAAACUUGAAGAAAUAACAAAGAAGAAAAUUUCCAAUAUUGUGUUUAACUCAUUUGAAGAUGACUGGAGCAAAGACACAUCUGUAUUUGAUGAUAAAAUAAAAGGAAAAAGCGAUCUUCUGUUUUUGAUUGAAGACGACCAAAAGAACAAAUUUGGAGGGGUUUACUAUGGCACAAUUGAUAAAAGUGGGCAAUGGUUGAAAAACGACACUUCAUUCAUAUUUUCAAUUGUGCGAAAUGGAGAGUUAAACCCAAAGAUAUUGUGUUAA